AUGUCGUUAAUUCAAAAAGGCAUUCGAAACCAAAAUUUAUUGAAAUCGAUAAAUUUAAAUGUUUGCAAUAGUCGGAACGCAUCUGAUUCUUCGACUUUCAAAAAAUUAGCAUUCAAUACCGCUGGAUAUAAUAAAUAUGGUCUCUAUUAUCAUGAUAUUUUCGAACCAAGGCAUCCACAUUUAGAUGAAGCAUUAAGAAGAUUACCUGAAAAAGAACGAAUGGAAAGAAAAUAUAGAGCUAUUAUAGCUGCACAAUGUGAAAUCACUCAUAAAUAUUUGCCCAAAGAGCAAUGGACUAAAUUUGAAGAUAAUCAUUAUUAUUUACAACCCUACUUAGAUGAAAUAGCAGCAGAACAAGAAGAAAUAGAAGAAUGGAAUGCCAAUCAUUAA